GCUUUUUGUACUCUUCCGUCUUUGCCCUCGCGUUAACGCGCUCGUCUCGCCUGGCCUAGCUAGCUGCCUGCCUUGGCUUGCUUGCUACGUCGUGUACUAUACACAGCGAGAGGAAGGAGGAGCAAGAAAAGAAAGAAAAGAGAGAGAGUCGCUUCCUUUCCUCCAACUUAUUCCAUGGAGACCUCUUCUCACAAGCGGGCGCGGGAGGCGGUCGACCUCGCCGCCGCCGCCGGAGAGGCCGUGUGGCCGGAGGCCGACGCCAAGAGGCUGCGGCCGCAGGACCUGCUCGACAUGCUCGACGACGACACCGAAGCGGCGGCCGCCGGCGACCUGGCGUCCGUCAUGCGGAGCCUGGAGGAGGAGAUAGCCAGCUUCGACGAGGCCGCGGAGGCGGCGCCGUCGCAGCAGCCGGAGCUGGGGUUCCUGCUCGAGGCCUCGGACGACGAGCUGGGGCUGCCGCCGGCGGGAUCCGCCGCCGCCGCCUCUUCGGAGGAGGCCGGCCUCGCCGGCCCGCCGGAGCCCGCCGCCGCGCUCUACGGCCAGAUCUGGGGCUUCGACGACGAGAUCGACGGAGGCUUCGGUGGCUACUCGCCCGAGGCUGCCGCCGCGGCCGCCGCCGCCGCCGCGUGGGACGACGACGUCUUCGGCGCCGGCCUGUUCGCGUUCGGCGACGACGCGUGCGCGCCGUCGGAUCUCGCGGCGCUGCGCCACGAGUCCAUGCCCGCCGUCUGAUGACGCGUCCCCCGUGCGUGCGGCCGCACCCAGGGGAUUAGCCCCUAUCUUUUUUUCUCGUUUUUAUUUUUACCUUUUGGCUAACCUGAAUGUAAAGUUUCUUAGGAGGGUUAAAACAGAGCCGUGCAAAACUUGGGAAGA